AUGGCUGGUGCAUCCAAGAGACGUGCGGCCAAGGAAGCCGGUGCUGGUGGUUCGACCAGAGGCACUCGACAGAGCAACACCACCGCCGGACAGCAGGAUUCUCCUUCUUCUGCUGGUGCCCAACGCCCUUCUCCAAAUUCGCCACCACGCUUCGAUGGUCCGCCGAAGGAACCAACACCUGCUGGUCGGUCUGCGCCGACCUCGGUCGAUGUUCGUAACAUAUCCGAAGCCAUUGGCAUGGCAGGUUGGGCUUUGGCUCGAGGGAUAGCCAACUGUCCUCACAUUUCCUUCUCUUUUCGCUCCCUCUAUCAUCUCAACACAAUCUUGGAUUAUCAGACACUAUUUUAUCGCUUGCAUUUAUUGCUUCUUUCCUAUCACACUUCAAACCACCCUUAUUUCAUCCUUUCUCUGUCUACACGUUAUCUACCCAGCGUUGAAGUCAUGGCCGCCCGCGCUCAACACACCUUCCGCAACCUUGAUAUCAGAAUUAACAAUGUCGAACAGUUCAAAGCUCCAGGAUCUUUACCUGCACGUCCACCCGUUCUAAACAGCAACGGGUAUGAGUGUGUUGUCAAGCUGAACAGCUUCGGCGUUGCAAAUAUGCCCGCGAAAGCUGUCUAUCAAUAUGAUAUCGUCGUGAACAAAGGCGAUGAGAAACGCGGCCUCGUCAAGAAGGUCUGGGCUUCCAAGACCAUCCAGCAUAGGCUUGCUGGAUGGCUCUUCGAUGGUAAUAAGCUUGCUUGGUCCCUCGACCUCCACGCCGAGAUGCUCACUAUCACUGUUGACCUUGACGCUGAACAGGGCCGCACGGUAAGGCCCGGUGGCCGAAGCAACAAGCACAAUGUCUUUAUCAAAAAGACUAAAACCCUGAAGUUUGAUACACUUGAGCAUUAUAUGAAUGGCAAAGGUGCUGUGGCUUUCGACAGCGACUGCCUUGAGGCAAUCAACUUUUUAGACCACCUAAUGAGAGAAUAUCCCUCCCAGUUGUACACCAAAAUCAAGCGGUCCUUCUUUCCCCCGUCCAGCAAUGCUCCAGGUCGAAUUCAGCUUGGGAAUGGCGUUGAGGCAUUCAAGGGUGUCUACUCUUCUAUGCGUGUUGUCAACCGUCCUGAGCCAAUGAAGCUUGCAGUCAAUGUUGACGUUGCCAACGGGACAUUCUGGACAGCAAUGAAGCUAGAGAUGUCUAUCUUGCAGGUCAUGAAGUACCGCAAUACUUCUGAACUUCAAGCGAACUUUGCGCACGAGAAAAAUAGCUGGGACAGGUCUCGCCUCAAGCGUGAGCUGAAGCGUUACAGUCGUGUCAGUGUCGUUACCAACCAUCGUGGAGGACCUUCAGAGCUGUUCACCAUCGACAAAUUUAUUGCUCAGAGUGCGCAGGAGAAGAAAUUUGAGAUGACUGAACGCAACGAUGCUGGAGAUAUUAUCAAACGCGAAUGGGUCACGUAUGCCCAAUAUUUCAAGAGGAAAUACAACAUCACACUGACCACCGGUCUUCCGCUCAUCAAGACCACGAAGAAAGAUGUCUAUCUGCCUCUCGAUGUGUUGUCGAUCCCUCCGAACCAACGUUAUGCCUUCAAGCUUGAUGAGAAGCAGACUUCUAACAUGAUCAAGUUCGCUGUUACCCUUCCAAGGCAACGUUGGGAUGCUAUCCAGGAUGGUGUCAAUAUGCUCAAGUGGAAUCUCGACCCGUACUUGAUAAAGUUCAACGUAAAGAUUAACCCGGACGCCACUCGGAUCAAGGCUCGUGUCCUUCCUGCACCAGACCUCAAAUUCGCUGGGUCUGGCAAGGUGGGAAGUGGGGAGUGUGCCAAAGGCAGGUGGCGCAUCGACGAUCUGAAAUUCCUUUACUCAAACGUGAAUAUUCUCAAGUCAUGGGGUAUCUGUGUCGUUCAGGGUCGUGGUGGUGUUGAUAAAACGUCCGUCCAACAAUUCAUGUCAAACUUCAUUAGGAUCUACGAGAAGCACGGCGGAAGAAUUGACCCUGGAAGCAAACAACCACCAAUUGAACUCGGGAACCUCGCUCAAGGCGGUGAGAUGAUCACGACCAUCUGGAAUACUACCGGCAACAGGUUCCAAGUCAAGCCGCAGAUCUUGAUCUUUAUCGUCCCCGACCGAAAUGCGGACACUUAUAACCGCAUCAAGAAGUCUUGUGAAUGCCGCUAUGGAAUCCCCUCGCAAGUAAUGCAGGCUUCCCAUGUCCAGCAGAAUAAACCUCAGUACAUCUCCAACGUCCUCAUGAAGGUCAACGCCAAGCUCGGAGGUGCUACAUCGUUGGCCGUGCCGUCCAACAUCGACGCGGCGAAGAGGAACGCCCAGAAGAAUUGGGGCCAGCCUACAAUGUGUAUUGGUGCUGAUGUCUCUCAUCCUGCUCCGGGUUCUCAAGGCGGUUCUUAUGCAGCGCUCACGGUAUCAUUGAACCUUCAAUGCACUCGUUACGCAGCUCAGGUCAACACCAACGGCCAUCGCGUUGAGAUGAUUACCACUUCCAAUUUCGACCAGCAUCUGUAUAGCAUGUUCAACUGGUGGGUUCAAAACGUUGGUGGUGGAAGAGUCCCUCAGCGAGUCUUCUAUUUCCGCGAUGGUGUAUCCGAGGGACAAUACGCACAUGUUCUCGAACAAGAAGUACGAGACAUGAAGCAAGUCUUCAAGAAGGUUGCACCAAACUCGAACGUUAAAGUUACCGUUAUUGUCGCUUCCAAGCGUCAUCAUAUUCGAUUCUUCCCUGAGACUCGGGCAGACAGGAAUGGCAAUCCCCAACCAGGUACUUUGGUCGAGACCGGAGUAACUCAUCCAUUUGAAUUUGAUUUCUACCUCAAUGCCCAUUCCGCCAUUAAGGGAACCGCUCGGCCUGUUCAUUACCAUGUGCUCCUCAAUGAGGCUGGAGUCCACUCCGCGGAGCUUCAACAGUACAUCUUUGAACACAGUUUCCAGUACGCCCGCUCCACCACUCCGGUCUCCAUCUUCCCUGCUGUCUACUAUGCCCAUCUGGCAUCUCAGCGCGCCCGAGCUCACGAGAAUACCCCAGCUGUCUCGUCGGGAAAGAAGGAGACACAGGCUGGCGGUACUGCAAAGCCUCCCGGUGUUUCCUCAGCUUCCGACAAAACUCAGACUGAGGUUCCCCCUCUCAUUCCAAUGAACCAGUCUUCUGGUCUGCAGUACUCCAUGUGGUACAUUUAGGGGGCUCGACCUCUUCGUACUGCAUCGACGGGAAGGAACGGAAAUAAAAUGGAGGUCGGUAUAUUGGUGAAAACGGACAUUAAGUUGGAUUCUCAAAGAUGGCAGCUCUGGCUCCUGGCGUUGAUCGGUCUUGACAGAAUGACAAAGCACUCCUUUCAUAGUCUGUCGACUCGAUAUCGGACACAUUAUCAUCACAUUUGUA